GCGGGGACCCCUGUGGUCUCUCUUUUGAGGUACCCGCCGCUGGCGAGGUCAGCAGUCACCCAACGGGAGUCCUGGUCCUACGAAGAAGACCACGAGCCGGCUCAUCCGACGGGAUGCAUGCUGGCGCUGGGGGCAAGCAGCUUCUUUUUGAGUGCUCCUGAAGCGGCGAUGCUCCCAUUCGUGCCUGCGGAGGAUUCCUGGGACGAAGAAAUGGAGGUGUUCGGCAGCACGAGCAGUAGCGAGCCACAGGUUGUGUUUACCAUGAAGACUGCUGCGACGGUUAUUCGAGAGCAUGAACCCAAAGAGGUGAAUGAUCUUAAAAUGGUUGAUGAGCCAAUGGAAGAGGGAGAACCAGUUUCUUGCCGGCGGGAAGAUUUGGUUAAAGAGAUACCUAUUAUACAGCAUGUUAAAGAAGGCUAUGAGAAAGCAGAUCCUGCACAGUUUGACUUGCUCAAGGUUCUUGGUCAGGGAUCUUUUGGAAAGGUUUUUCUUGUUAGAAAGAAAACUGGUCCUGAUGCUGGGCAACUCUAUGCAAUGAAGGUGUUAAGAAAAGCUUCUUUGAAAGUUCGAGACCGUGUUCGCACAAAGAUGGAGAGGGAUAUCCUGGUAGAAGUGAAUCAUCCAUUCAUCGUCAAACUGCAUUAUGCUUUUCAGACUGAAGGGAAGCUGUACUUAAUAUUGGAUUUCCUCAGAGGAGGAGAUGUCUUCACAAGAUUAUCCAAAGAGGUUCUUUUUACAGAGGAAGAUGUGAAAUUCUACCUUGCAGAACUGGCCCUAGCUUUGGAUCAUCUGCAUCGAUUGGGAAUUGUUUAUAGAGACCUGAAGCCAGAGAACAUCUUGCUUGACGAAAUAGGACAUAUCAAGUUAACAGAUUUUGGGCUUAGCAAAGAGUCAGUGGAUCAAGAAAAGAAGGCCUACUCAUUUUGUGGUACUGUAGAGUAUAUGGCCCCUGAAGUAGUAAACAGACGAGGCCAUUCUCAGAGUGCUGAUUGGUGGUCAUAUGGUGUACUUAUGUUUGAAAUGCUUACUGGCACUUUGCCAUUUCAAGGGAAAGACAGAAAUGAGACCAUGAAUAUGAUACUGAAAGCAAAACUUGGAAUGCCCCAAUUCCUUAGUGCUGAAGCACAAAGUCUUUUAAGGAUGUUAUUCAAAAGGAAUCCAGCAAAUAGAUUGGGAUCAGAAGGAGUUGAAGAAGUCAAAAGACAUGCUUUUUUUGCUUCCAUUGACUGGAAUAAACUAUAUAAAAGAGAAGUUCAGCCUCCUUUCAGACCUGCGUCUGGAAAACCAGAUGAUACUUUUUGUUUUGAUCCUGAAUUUACUGCCAAAACACCUAAAGAUUCUCCAGGUUUGCCAGCCAGCGCAAACGCUCAUCAACUCUUUAAAGGAUUCAGUUUUGUUGCGACUUCUAUCGCAGAAGAAUAUAAAAUUACUCCUGUUACAAGUUCAAACGUAUUACCAAUCGUUCAGAUAAAUGGAAAUGCUGCUCAAUUUAGUGAAGCUUAUGAAUUGAAAGAAGAUAUUGGUAUUGGUUCUUACUCUGUUUGCAAGCGAUGCAUACAUUCAGCUUCCAAUGUGGAAUUUGCAGUCAAGGUCAUUGAUAAAAAUAAGAGAGAUCCAUCAGAAGAAAUUGAAAUUCUGAUGCGCUAUGGACAACAUCCCAACAUUAUCUCUUUAAAGGAGGUCUUUGAUGAUGGGAAAUAUGUUUAUCUUGUUACGGACUUGAUGAAAGGAGGAGAACUUCUGGAUCGUAUUCUCAAAAAGAAAUGUUUCUCAGAGCAGGAAGCUAGUAAUGUGCUGUAUGUAAUAACCAAGACAGUUGAAUACCUUCAUUCUCAAGGAGUUGUUCAUCGUGAUCUGAAGCCCAGUAAUAUUUUGUACAUGGAUGAAUCAGCCCAUCCAGAUUCAAUUAAGAUCUGUGAUUUUGGGUUUGCAAAGCAGCUUCGAGGAGAAAAUGGACUUCUGUUAACUCCGUGCUAUACUGCAAACUUUGUAGCACCUGAGGUUCUCACUCAACAGGGAUAUGAUGCUGCCUGUGAUAUUUGGAGCUUAGGAGUCCUUUUAUACACAAUGUUGGCUGGCUACACUCCAUUUUCCAAUGGACCCAAUGAUACUCCUGAGGAAAUACUUCUGCGUAUAGGCAAUGGGAGGUUCUCUUUGAGUGGUGGAAUCUGGGACAAUAUUUCACGUGGAGCAAAGGAUUUGCUUUCUCAUAUGCUCCACAUGGACCCACAUCAGCGUUAUACUGCUGAACAAGUAUUAAAGCACCCUUGGAUAACACAAAGAGAACAACUGCCGCGUCAUCAGCCAAACUCAGAUGAGCCACCACAGGAAGCAGUGGCUGCACCAUAUUCUGUCUUGGCUCGGACCCAGAACAGGCAUCAUCCAAUCCUGGAGCCUGUUACUGCUUCCCGUUUAGCUCAGAGACGUAACAUGAAAAAGCGAACAUCAACUGGCUUAUAAGGGUCUUAGUGUUCCUCAGCUAACUGGAUGAAGAGAAAAUUAAAUGUGUGUUGUGGGUUGGCUUUGUUUAUUUUGUCUAAUCUCAUAUCCAAGGUAUUUUGUUUCCUGCCACAUUACUUGAAUAUUCUGUUUAAGCCUCUUUGGAGAGGUUGGAAUUUUAAAUGAACAUACAUAGGUCCAUAAUAUUCAUACUACGUCAUAUUGCAGUAGUGUUCAAACAUUUAACUAUAUAAUUAAUUGAUGUCCACAAGGUCUUAACUUCUCUGCACAUUAACUUCCCAAAAUCCUUUCAAACAAAGUUAACCUAUUUUUUAUUAUUUUACACAAAAAUGGUUUAGGAAUUCAUUAUUAAUAAUCAAGAUACUUUUCAUAUGUUAUAAUGCUAAAUAAUCAUCAGUAUUUUAACAUCAUUUCCUAAAAUGUAACUUUUGUUCUUAAAAGAACAAUAGAAGUAUUCUAAUAGCUUGUGCAUAGCCAACACACUCCAUUCAUUUGAGUCUGUUUAGAUACUAAAUGUAUAGUAAAAGUAGUUUGGUGCCUGAGCAAAAUACAUUCGUGCUAAUAUAUGAAUUCCUGAUAUGGUCGGUGCCAAAGUUUUGAUAGAAUAAUUCAAUCACUAAUAAUUUGUGCAGACAGAUUUGUAUAUUAUCCAUAAGUGGCUUCAUCUAGAGAAAGUUUUCAUAAGCCUUCUAAUGUUUUACAGCUAAUGAAAUUGUAGUGAAUGUGAAGAUGUUUUUAUCCAAAGGUUUCAUGUUGGUGUUGUAAUCUCCUAAAAAUGUCAUAGUUAAGCCUUUGAAUAUGCACUUCAUGGUGUUAAUACAAUCUUGGUGUUAUCUAAGCUGACUUUGAAGUUAACCAAUUGAAUUUAACCAUCAUCUUUCCCCUUUAUAAGUGAAGCUACACUGCUGUGUUCCUGAUUUCCAUGUGGUGUGAGCUACAGUGUAGCAUAUUGAUCUACCUUGAAUCGUAUGGUGAUGUAGUUGAAGUUUUAUUAUAGUGGACUUCUGCACUUAGCACAUAUGAUACAAUAUAAUGUAUUUCAUUAAGCAUCAGAUAAUUCUACAUACUUCAAGAAAAUAAUUUCACAUUUUAAAUAGGAAACAAUAUUAAUGGUUGACACAGAAAUUUGAGUACAUUUAAAAAUCAUUUAUAAUAAACUGGCCAAAUUGGUAUUAUUAAAUUUAUAAUGCAGAACCAGUGUGUAAUGUGUAUUGAUUUUUUUCAAAUGCUGAAAAUUUUAAAAAGUCAUUUUAUAUUGUUAAAGAAAAUACCAUUAACUACUACUACUGACAGAAAAAAUUCAUGAAUGUAAACUGGAGGAUAUCAGUUUUGUUUAGUGAAUAGAAAUGUGUUACUUGUGUGUGCUAGGUGUACUCUUUGAUGUGCAUUUUACUUUGCUUAGUUCAGAGAGAACUGAUUACUGAGUAUGUGAUUUAGGCUAGGAGACAUGUAACGUUGGAAUUUGAUAAAAACAAACUGUAUGUAUUCUCUUUAAAAUGUAAGUGAUCUUUAUCAAUGCACAAAUAUCUGUUUCCUACAUGUGAUAUAUAAAUUCUGUAUUCUUAUUUGAAGUGUCUUUUUUUUAAAAUGAUUGGACAAUAUUAAACAACAGCUCAUCUGAUACCACACAAUUAUCUAGUCUUGGUGUGAUAUUUUGUGACUUUAGUGUUUCAAUUUGGUUAAUUUUCCUUUUUUCUUUUUGUUUUAUUGCAAUAAGUACCUGCAUUUAAACAGUUGUGUCCCUACAUUCUAAAUUAGUAUGCUCCUGUCAUGAUCUUCUUUGUGCUGUUACACAUCCUUACGAGUUGUUUUGUUGAAGUCAAAGACAUAAGUUUUAGGAUACAUACUAUGUUCAUAUGUGCUUUCCAUCUAAUAAAAUUAAAGAAAAUGAACCUGGAGAAUGAAACAUUAUCAUAAAAUACCUUUCAGCCUUUGUGUAAACAAUAGGUUAAAAAAUUAUUGUAACUUUCAGUUAGCUC